UUCUUUCCAAACAAGAAAUUGAGCAAAGACUCCUAUAUGAACCCAAUAAGAAGUGUUCAGAUCUCCUGCUUCUCUCUAUAAGAAAGUAUCCUUCAGAUACGCUACCUCGCUUUAAUUCUUGCGACCAACCAUGGCGAACCAAGCUGAAUCCUCUGACUCUAAGGGAACGAAGAGAGACUUUAGUACCGCCAUUCUCGAGCGGAAGAAGGCGGCGAAUCGCCUGGUCGUGGAUGAGGCUGUCAACGAUGACAAUUCCGUCGUCGCACUCCACCCGGAUACCAUGGAGAAGCUCCAACUCUUUCGCGGAGACACGAUCUUGAUCAAGGGUAAAAAAAGGAAAGAUACAAUCUGCAUUGCCCUUGCUGAUGAUACAUGCGAUGAACCUAAAAUCAGGAUGAACAAGGUUGUGAGGUCUAACCUCAGGGUUAGGCUUGGGGAUGUUGUUUCUGUGCACCAGUGUCCUGAUGUUAAGUAUGGGAAGCGUGUCCAUAUUCUACCAGUGGAUGACACAAUAGAAGGGGUGACUGGAAAUCUAUUUGAUGCAUAUUUGAAACCGUAUUUCCUUGAGGCAUACCGUCCAGUGAGGAAGGGUGAUCUUUUUCUCGUGAGAGGGGGAAUGAGAAGUGUGGAGUUCAAGGUUAUUGAGACUGACCCUCCAGAAUACUGUGUGGUUGCCCCUGACACGGAAAUUUUCUGUGAAGGAGAACCUGUGAGAAGGGAGGAUGAGAACAGAUUGGAUGAGGUUGGUUAUGAUGAUGUUGGUGGUGUUAGAAAACAGAUGGCUCAGAUUCGAGAGUUAGUGGAACUUCCAUUGAGGCAUCCACAACUAUUUAAAUCAAUUGGUGUAAAGCCACCUAAAGGAAUCCUUCUGUAUGGGCCUCCUGGCUCUGGAAAGACUCUAAUUGCCCGGGCUGUUGCUAAUGAGACUGGUGCUUUCUUUUUCUGUAUAAAUGGACCAGAGAUAAUGUCAAAGUUGGCAGGGGAGAGUGAAAGCAAUCUCAGGAAGGCAUUCGAGGAAGCAGAGAAGAAUGCCCCGUCAAUUAUAUUCAUUGAUGAGAUUGACUCAAUUGCACCCAAGCGAGAGAAGACACAUGGAGAAGUUGAGAGGAGGAUUGUCUCCCAGCUCUUGACGCUCAUGGACGGGCUUAAAUCACGUGCUCAUGUCAUUGUUAUGGGGGCUACAAAUCGUCCCAACAGCAUUGACCCAGCUUUGAGAAGGUUUGGAAGAUUUGACAGGGAAAUUGAUAUUGGUGUACCGGAUGAAGUUGGGCGCCUUGAGGUUCUUCGUAUUCAUACAAAGAACAUGAAGCUUGCUGAGGAUGUUGACUUGGAAAGAAUUUCGAAGGAUACCCAUGGUUAUGUGGGUGCUGAUCUGGCGGCUCUGUGUACCGAGGCUGCACUCCAAUGCAUCAGGGAAAAGAUGGAUGUAAUUGACUUGGAAGAUGAAACAAUUGAUGCUGAGAUACUGAACUCCAUGGCCGUAAGCAAUGAACACUUCCAGACUGCUCUUGGAACAAGCAAUCCUUCUGCUUUGCGUGAAACAGUUGUUGAGGUGCCAAAUGUCAGUUGGGAGGACAUUGGUGGUCUUGAGAAUGUUAAAAGGGAGCUUCAAGAGACCGUUCAAUAUCCUGUGGAGCAUCCUGAGAAAUUUGAGAAGUUUGGAAUGUCUCCCUCUAAGGGAGUUCUGUUCUAUGGCCCUCCUGGUUGCGGUAAAACUCUUCUGGCAAAAGCUAUUGCAAAUGAAUGUCAGGCAAACUUCAUUAGCGUCAAGGGUCCGGAAUUGCUUACCAUGUGGUUUGGAGAGAGUGAGGCAAAUGUGCGAGAAAUUUUUGACAAGGCUCGCCAGUCUGCCCCUUGCGUCCUAUUUUUUGAUGAACUUGACUCUAUUGCUACUCAGAGAGGGAGCAGUGUAGGAGAUGCUGGGGGUGCUGCUGACAGGGUUUUGAACCAGCUUCUGACUGAGAUGGAUGGCAUGUCUGCAAAAAAAACUGUUUUCAUCAUCGGUGCAACCAAUAGACCAGACAUUAUAGAUCCUGCACUUCUUCGUCCUGGACGUCUUGAUCAGUUGAUCUAUAUCCCUCUACCUGAUGAGGAAUCUCGUCUUCAAAUCUUCAAAUCUUGCCUGAGGAAGUCCCCAGUAUCCAAAGAUGUUGACCUCAGAGCACUUGCCAAGUACACUAAUGGAUUCAGUGGUGCUGAUCUCACCGAGAUAUGUCAGCGUGCUUGCAAAUAUGCUAUUAGAGAGAACAUUGAGAAGGAUAUUGAGAGGGAGAGGAGGAGAAGUGAUAACCCAGAGGCUAUGGAGGAGGAUGUAGAGGACGAAGUUGCAGAAAUCAAGGCAGCACAUUUUGAGGAAUCAAUGAAGUAUGCUCGCAGGAGUGUGAGCGAUGCUGAUAUUCGUAAAUACCAGGCAUUUGCUCAGACAUUGCAGCAGUCCAGAGGUUUUGGAACUGAAUUCAGGUUUGCUGAUGCAAGCAGUGGUGGAGCUGCAGCAUCCGACCCUUUCGCUGCCUCUGCUGGUGGUGCUGAUGAAGAUGACCUUUACAGUUAGUAAUUAUCUUUUCAUAUUUGCAUAUGCUGUUUAUGCCUAUACAUUUAUGCGGUACUUGUUUAUUCUGCAUAUGAUGUUGUAAAAGCCUUUCCUUGGACAACUAUUGAAUCCAAAGAUACCUUUUCGUUGGCCAGCUGAAGAUUACUGGCUGUGGGUGCCUUCUAAUUUAAAAGAACACAAUUUGCUAUUUGUACUAGAGUGGGUGACUUUCACUCCACAAGUUCUUAAGCUAAUUUUAUCAUUGUUGGACCUUGGUUUCUUGAUUGAGGUUUUGAUUUGCAUA